UUCGCCGUGAGUCCCAAGCGCACUCGAACCAACUCAUGGGCUUAUUUCUUUGGCGCAUGUGCCCAGAGAGUAAACUGCUCCUGCCUCAUGUGUCUCAACCACGUUCCACUGUCACACUCUGGAUCGACUACUGCUCUUCAGCAUUGCACAGUUUGAAACGGCGCGCCGACCGCCCACUUUCGUGUGUUGUCCGGCUGCGAAUUCUAGGAUUUACUUGACCAGUCAAAUUCAUUUGUUUGAAUAACGAUAAUGCUAAUUGAGUGUUAAACUAUUAUUAUUUGUGGAUAAUCAUUGUCAAAUUUUACGCAUAGUCAUAACACAAGAACCUAGGAAAAUGCUAAUAAUGCCAAAAUGAUGGGGUACGAUGGAGGCAAAGAAAAUCGAGAGAUUGAAACUGGAUGACCAGGUUUAAUUAGCCGCUGAGUAGCGGACAGAAGAAAAAUUGAAUUAAAAAUUGAAAUAUCAUUCACCGAAUAAUGAAAUGUUGGCAAUGAUUUUCAUAACUCUGAACAUUCUGAUGGGCUUGAUAGACGCUAGAGAUCCAUCUGCGAAGGUCAGAGGUGAUCUCGUAGUUGGUGCACUCUUCAGCGUUCAUCAUGCACCAAGUGGUGGUCAGGGUGCUCUCGUUUGUGGUCCUGUACGGGAGCUUUAUGGUAUACAGAGAGUUGAGACUGCUUUAAUCACUCUAGACAAAAUUAACCGAGACUCCACUAUUUUACCGGGAGUGACACUUGGACUCGAAGCAAGAGACUCCUGUUGGUCUGCACCUGUGGCACUUCAACAGAGUAUCGAACUUGUACGAGAUGCCAUCACACCGGCUCUCACUCAACCCCAACUUUUAGGAAAUGGUGACUCUCCUAGCUGUCAAGCCGAUUCGAUUAUUCUAAAUUCAGAAUCUCCGUUGAGCAAAGCCCCGGUUGUAGGAGUUGUUGGUCCGGGUUCAAGUUCAGCGGCGCUCCAAGUUCAAAAUUUAUUGCAAUUGUUUUCCAUUCCUCAAAUCGGGUACUCACCAACUUCGAGAGAUCUCAGUGACAAGAAAAGGUAUUCCACGUUCCUGCGGGUUGUACCGUCGGAUUAUUAUCAGGCCCAGUUACUCGUCGAUCUCGUUCAGUAUUUCAAUUGGACUUAUAUCUCUAUCGUCAAUACCGACGAGAAUUACGGCCAGAGUGGAAUGCAAGCAUUUCGCGAACUGGCUGAGAGAUAUGGCAUUUGCGUAGCGAGAGAAGAUGCGGUAUUGUCAAACGCAGAGGAUUCGGUUUUCGAUGGAGUUCUCACCAAUCUCGAUCAAGACCAUGCUGCAAAUGUCGUCGUUUGUUUCUGCGAGGGUAGAACGAUGCGGGGCCUCCUUUCAGCUUCCAAGAGACUCAAUUUAACCGGGCGAUUCGUUUUUAUUGGAAGUGAUGGCUGGGCAGACCGUGAUGAUGUCGUUGAAGGCUAUGAAGAUGAAGCCUGGAGCAGUCUUUCAAUUCGAAUACAUUCUCCAUAUGUAAAAGAAUUUGAUGAGCAUUAUUUUUCUCUCAAUCCUUUCACAAACACUCGCAAUCCAUGGUUUGUCGAAUUUUGGCAAUACCGAUUCAACUGUGUAAUGCCGGAAAAUUUCAAUGACGAUUUGGACGAGUACAAUACGAAUAAGACACCAACAGCAGCAGAGCUUCCGGUGGACAGGAGAGUAUGUACUGGCGCAGAGAAACUGUCUGAGCGUUACAAUCAAGAUCCGAAAAUGAGUUUUGUGAUGAAAUCGUUCUGGGCUAUGGCACACGGGCUGCACAAUAUGCUUGAAGAGAUAUGCGGCCGUGGUUACUUCGGAGUUUGCAAAGAGAUGUAUCCUUUCAACGGGACCCUUUUCAAGAAUCACUUGAUGAAUAUAUCAUUUACUUUCGGAGAAGAAGAAGUGGAGUUUGAUCGUCGAGGGGAUCCACCGGGCAGGUAUGAGAUUCUAAAUUAUCAACUCCUAUCGGACGGCAGCUAUGGCUACGUACAAAUUGGAGACUGGAAUAAUGGUAGUUUGGUUCUCUCUGGAUUACCACAGUCUAGAGGCGCUCAAUUGGUCACCAGUGUGUGUUCACAGCCCUGUCCCACGGGUUACUAUAAGAAUUUUAAAACAGGCGGUCAGGAAAAAAAGUGCUGUUGGGCAUGUGUACCGUGCGAUCAUCACGAGAUUGUGGAUGAAGAACAACUGAAAUGUGUGCCUUGCCCCUAUGGUCAGUGGCCGAAUAAAAAUAAAACCGACUGCGAAGUGAUUUUCGUUGAGUACAUAUCCUGGGGCGACGUAGAGGCAGUUGUCGGAAUGUUCUUCAGCAUUUUAGGCCUGCUAGCCACAUUCGUCACAUGUCACAUAUUCAUAAGACACAAUAAUACCCCCGUUGUUAAAGCCAGUACACGCGAACUUAGCUAUCUCAUCCUGGCGGGCAUGACACUGGCUCACGCCGCCGUGUUUCCAAUUCUAGCGAAACCAACGAGAAUAUCUUGCGCCCUGUCGCGCCUCAUGCCUGGUAUAAGUUUUGCCAUGAUGUAUGGCAGCCUCUUCACCAAGACCAAUAGAAUAGCACGCAUAUUGGCAGGUUCCAAGAAGCGAUUUCCCAAGAGAAAACUCGUAUUCAUGUCGGGGACGGCUCAAGUUGCAAUAACGUCCUUUUUGAUAAUGCUCGAAGCCGGGGUAGCUGGUGCAAUGCUGGUGAUUGAGCCCCCACAAGCGCGCCUGGAGUUUCCGGCCCGAGAUAGAGCAGUGUUAACGUGCGCAACAUCCCCUAGGGCACUCCUAUCGCCCUUGGCAUUUGAUGGCCUACUACUGGCAUUGUGUACUUUGUACGCAGUUAAAACAAGAAAUGUUCCAGAAAACUUUAAUGAAGCAAAAUUCAUUGGUUUUGCUAUGUAUACGACAUGUGUCAUAUGGAUUGCAUUUGUUCCUAUUUAUUUUGGCAGUGAAUCUAAAGUCGUCACAAUGUGCAUGUGCGUUACUCUAAGUGCAUCCGUCACUCUAAUUUUUCUUUUCUUUCCAAAACUUUAUAUUAUCCUUCUAAGACCUGAGAAGAAUAAUAGGGCACUUUUUACAACAAGUAAAUCGAUCCGAUGUCACAUUGGGGCUAGAGUCGCCGCUGCCAUCGCUGAACCACCCUCCAAGCAAACUAUUUACACGCUCCGCAGUACUAAUCCACAAACAUCAGACGUGCAAAACAAUGUAGCGAGGAGAUCUCUAUCAGUUCAAACAGGAACUGAUCUUUUGCUCGAUUUCUACAAAUCUCACAGAGAAUUUUUCUCACCGCCUAUGAUACGUCUUGUGUCAUCAUCAGACAAUAUAUCUUCAAAGUCUAUUCCUCAGUGUAGAAAAUGCUUCGAAAGAAUAUGCAAAUCCAGCGGCAAUGUACGAGGAGCUUACUCUGAUACCUUUAUGGAUUAUAAGUUUACGGAAAAGCUUGAUUCAAAAGUAAACACUAAUAUCAGUGUCAGACGGCAAUGUACUGCUGUUUCUGAUGAGCAGAUUCCACUCGAUGCCAGAGCACUUAUGGAAACUCAUAGAAUUAUGGAAUCAACUGAGCAGAAUUUCACGGACCUGAGAUUGAAAUGCCCAACGGGGGCAAUGAAAGAUGGAUUGGAACUCGGCUUUGAUGGUAUGGAAGCACGCAUACGUGAAGAACUAAAUCAUUUAGAUAUUCAUGGUAACCCCAUCGUUAACAUAACAAUUACACUGGGUAAAAAAUUGCCCAACUUUCGGGAUUUUUAUCAAACAACGGUGUAGUUUCAGUGACAUAUCCAAAACACUACAUUUUUUUUUCAUGUUCAAUUGAAUACCAAAGAAAUUUAGCAUUUAACAUGGCCCAAAGCAACUGUACGAAAUGGAUAAAAUAACGGUAAUGUAAUCAUCAGAGGGAUCAAUGGUGACUCCAUUGAUUGACAAUAGCAAUUAAGUCUUACAAGUAUGCCGAGAUUUACUAAAUUAAUUGAAAUGAAUGUUCAAUAAACGGAAUUUAUUGUAUCAAA